AUGGCUCGGCUCAGCGCCGCUCUCCUGCUCCUCGCCGUCGCGGCCUCUGCUGCUGCGCUCGCGCAUGGCCGCGACCUCCCGACCUCGAUCAAGUUGACCAGGGGCGCCGUGGUCGGCGACGACAGCAACCAGUGCGUGUACACGGUGUACGUGCGGACAGGGUCGAUCUGGAAGGCCGGGACGGACGCGAGGAUCUCGCUGGAGCUGACGACCGCGGACAACUACGACGGCGUGGAGAUGACGGACCUGCCGGCGUGGGGCGGGCUGAUGUACGAGGGCCACUCCUACUUCGAGCGCGGGAACCUGGACAUCUUCAGCGGCCGCGGCCCAUGCCUGGCGUCCACGCCGUGCCGGAUGCGGGUCACCUCCGACGGCUCCGGCGACCACCACGGCUGGUACUGCAACUACGUGGAGGUCACCGUCACGGGCCCCCACAGGGGCUGCGCGCAGCAGCUGUUCACCGUCGAGCAGUGGCUCGCCACCGACGCGGCGCCGUACAAGCUUGAGGCCGUCGUUGACCACUGCUCCUACGACGAUGGCGUCGUGGCGUGA